GAGCAUAUUAUUCGGUAUGAAAUAUAAAUCAAUAGAGGAUAGGCAGGCAACUAGACCUCGUACUCUAUACAAAUAUUGCUACGGUUGAAGAAAGAACAAUUAAACUGGAGGUUGUAAACUAUUUUGUUUACAUGACUGCCAAUUCUACAGACCUGCAUUUUAGCUAUAUACUGUGUUGGCUAUUUAAAGAUGGAGGUGGCUAAAUAUUUCGAAGUGUUGGUCAUAAUCGUAUUCUUUUCGACUACGUCAGCACAGUCUCCGAGAAGGAGUGUCUCACAAGGAGUCGUCGUAGGAAAAACAGUGCUAUUCGAUGAGAAUGAAUUCUUAAACAUAACAAAGUACGUCGACGUAUUCCAGGGUAUACCAUACGCUGAGCCACCAGAACGGUUUAGGCCUCCUGUUAUCAAAGCUCCGUGGUCUGGUGAUUACAAUGCAACGGCUUUUAAACCAGCGUGUGCUCAGGCUCCGUCAUUCUACUUUCCAAUUCAAGAUGAAGAUUGUCUCUAUCUCAACGUGUAUGCCCCUAAUCCAAAGCCAAAAGGAGCUGCAACGAUGGUGUACAUUCACGGUGGAUCAUUUGCGAGUGGAACCGCCAUGACCUAUGAUUUCUACGGUGUUCCUCUGGUUGCCGUUGGGGAUGUUAUCGUGGUCGUCAUCAACUACCGUGUCGGUGUAUUCGCAACGUUCACUACCAAAAGCGAUGCAGCUCCUGGCAACAUAGGGAUGUUAGAUCAAGUCGCUGCUUUACAAUGGAUUAAAUCUAAUAUUGAAGAAUUUGGUGGUGAUUCAAACAAAAUAACAAUAUUUGGUGAAAGUGCUGGUUCGGCUUCUGUGAGUUUCCAUUUGCUGUCGAAGCUUAGCCGUGGAUUGUUUCAGCAAGCCAUCAUGCAGAGUGGCACAGCAUUCUCUGGAUGGGCUUUUGAAGAUAACCCCGAGAAAGAGGUGGAGAAUGCUAAAAAGAUAGGACAAGCAUUUGGAUGUAACCUGAAACCCCUGUCUGAUCUAGUAGCAUGCUUGCAGGCAAUAGAGUCCAGUGAACUUUGGGCUGUAGCAGAUCAGGUGUACGGUCAGUCCUAUCGUGUAAACGUUGAUGGUGCGUUCUUGGAAGACACACCAAUGAAUCUCUACGCCGACGGAGACUUCAAGAAAGCAUCAAUUUUGGCCGGAACCACAAGAGACGAGGGUACAUUUGAAUUGUGGCUAAAAUAUUUCUGGCCUUACGCUUACUCUGAAACACCACCACCAAUCAAACAGUCCGAAUUGGAGGAAUUCCUUGGGAAUACACUCAUAGCCGAAAACAUUCUCUCCCCGGACAGCAUGGAUAUUCUAUUAGAUGCUGUACUCCAUGAGUACACUGACUGGUCUAUUGCAGAUGAUCCGAACUCUGAUUACUUUCAGUCUGCAGUGGAUGCAGUAGGGGAUUUCUCCUUUAAGUGUCCUACAGAUGCUAUCAUAAGGGCGCAUGUCUCUGCAGGUGAUACGGUCUAUCGAUAUAUAUUCAACUAUCCAGUUACAACUUCGAGCUAUUUCCAUGUAGUUGGCGUUCUACCAUUUACCCCAUGGUUAGGUGCAGGACAUGCAGAGGAACUCUUUUACGUUUGGGGUGGACCUUUCAUCGACCAACUCGACAAUGUCCACGGUCAAAAUGUAACAGACGAUGAGAAGACACUCGCAGUCAACAUGAUGCGAUUCUGGACUAACUUCGCAAAGACAGGCAAUCCCAGCCAGUCGGACGCUGACGUCGCACCCAACGAUGGAUCCUAUGGAUGGCCAGAAUUUACAAUCCCAGAGUUACGUCACAAGAUCUUGGAUGUGCAGUUAGGAGAGGGCAGGGCUGACAGGGCGAGUGAAUGCCAAUUCUGGAAUACCUUUUUCCCGAAACUUAAGUUUUCGACACAAUCAGUUGAUGAUUCCCAAAGACAAUGGAGACAUGGAUUUUCAAACUGGAUGGAGAAGAUGCAAGAAUGGAGAAAGGAUUUUGCUUCUUACAAAAACGGAUGUUCAUAAUAAUGCGCAUAACUUGAUUGCACCUUCGGGCAUAGUAAUACACGUUGUACAUAAAUCGCAACCCCGUCUUUCUUUCUCUUUAUCAUUCUUUUGUUUUCUUAAUCGUGGACUUUUUUCAGUUAGCCAGGGUGAUCACAAGGAUUGUUAGGGGGAAGGGUGCUUAAUAAAGGGAUGAUUUUUGGAACCAUCUCACGUCAUUGUAUAAAAAUAUUGCCAUAUGUAUAAAAUAACACCAAGAUUAAUGGCAGAUGCUUAAGCUGCAUUUAAAUCAAUUGCCGUCAAAUUAAUAUAUUGUCAAAGUUUAGUUAAAACUGGUUCUCAUUGGAUGAUGUUUUAUAUUAGAUUUAGGAUUGCAGAAAUUACUUGUUCGUCCAGAAUUUCACCCCAAUUAGGCCUAAAUUUAUUCCACAAUUAGGUUGGAACGGCUCAGCGAUGUCAUACGAUUACUACGAGUGCCAUUGAUGGCAGUUUGUAAUGUCAUUGUCGUUACAAUUAACCACAAAGUUGAUUUAUUUUCGAGAUUAUUAACAGGUACAAUUAAUCAUUGUACCUGUUUGUUAUCUUAUGGAGCAUUUAAAGUGUUCUUAUAAUAAGCAUUUAUAGAGAAAGACAAGAGUAAUACAUUUCUUUGAAUCUCGAUUACACGCGCAUUUGUGCGUAACGACAUGUUUGUUUACACGUAAGCAUGUACGGUCCUGGAAAGGCUGGCAAAAUCAUAUCAGUUCUAACCUGUAUAAAGUUUGUAAACGUAUAAUCUAAUAAUUGUAUACCCCGAUGUAUUUUAUGAUUAUGCAAACAAAAGAAAAGUUAUUUAAGUUUCAAAAGUAUUUACAGAUCUUAAAUGUGAAUUUUAAUAGUGACUUUAGCACUAUUAGGUCGAUGCACCACAUUUUUAGACGCUGGCAUAGUAGCUGCGAUGUUUGUGGUUUACCCCUACAUGAUGUUUUGUUGUUUUUCGCUUGCGAUGACGACUACAACUUCACAAAAUCUUGCGGGUUCGAAGACGGCUGAAGAGACCAAUUAAUCUUCGUCCGAAAAGUCUGGUGCAGAGUAAUUUGACAAGCAGAAGCACAGUGAUGGCGCUUGCUCUAUAUUUUUGAAGCUGGCUUCUUUUUUAUUCUUGCUAGUCCACACGUCUUGACUCUUUGCUUUACACACAUCACUGUUGCUCCAGGCAGAUCGAUCAUCUGCUGAUUCCUUCCCUGGUCUCGGCGUUGAUGCCACAGGAAACUUCAGGGUCCCGUCUUUACAAAGAGUUGCGAUGCGAUGGAUCCGAUCAACCACAACUACGAACGGCCAACAAUGUCAACAUCUAAAAUGAAAGUUUGUUCACGAUAUUUUCUAGAUAUGAUGUAUAUUCAUACAUUCAUUCGUUUUCUUGAAAACUUAGUUCGCUUCUUUUUGUUUACAACGGACAUUGUGCAAAUUUCCUGUACAAAAAAUAUAACAUACGGAUGGAUUUCCAUACAGUUGAGGCUGAUCAGAUCAAUCGUAACUCUUUGUAAGACGGGUCCCAGGGAAUCUUUAUUACGCUUCCUCGGACCACCAUGAGAGCGCUUGCUGUCCGUUAGCUCUCCGUAGAGAAGUCUCUUCGCUGGUUUCUUUGGCAAACGCUCAUCGGGCAUUCUGUGAACAUGUCUCCCCAUCUGAGCUGGGCGAGCUUUAUUUAUGGCUUGAAUGCCCCUCCAUCAGGGCCCUCUGCAGAACGUCUGUGUCUGGCAAUUUAUAGGAUAUAUAGAUGCAGGAUUUCGGUUACCUCACCCAAGGCACGGGGUACCGGGGGGGGGGGGGCACUCAGUAUAUAAUGCAUAGUGGGUAUGU